CUUUUAUAUGGAAGCAUAAGAACGGCAUUUGAGGAUUGGAAAUAUGAAAAGGCUGUUCGGCCUUUAGCUUUGUUAUUCUUAGCUCCGAUUUUGGUGAGAUCUUUGAAUCCUUCUUUGAAUGAUGAUUUUCUGGGGUUGAUUGUGUUCAAAGCUGACAUUCAAGAUCCAGAAGGAAGAUUGGUGUCUUGGAAUGAAGAUGAUGAUAGUCCUUGUAAUUGGAAUGGAGUCUUCGAUGUUGUCCCCGAUGGGUUCUCACUAUCGGGAAAAAUAGGCCAAGGUCUCCUCCAACUGCACUUUCUCCGAAAGCUUUCCCUUGCUAAGAACAAUCUUACAGGAAGCAUAAGCCUCUGUCUUGCACAACUCACAAACCUAAGGGUCAUAGACUUGAGUGAGAACAGUCUAUCUGGAACUGUCCCGGAUGACUUUUUCACACAAUGUGGGUCAUUAAGGUCUAUAUCUUUGGCCAAUAACAAAUUUUCCGGCCAAAUUUCAGAGAAUUUGAGCUCAUGUCCAACCCUUGCUUCAGUUAACUUUUCCUCCAAUCAGUUUCCGGGUUUGUUGCCUUCUGGGAUCUGGUCUUCACAUGGUCUUAGAUCGCUUGAUUUGUUUGAUAAUUUGCUAGAGGGUGAGAUGUCCAAGGGCCUUGAAGGUUCAAACAACUUGAGAACAAUAAGUUUGAGGAAAAACCAGUUUACGGGUCAGAUUUUGGUUGGGAUUGGAGGGUGUUUGCUGUUGAGAUCAGUUGAUUUGAGUGAGAAUUUACUUUCUGGGAGCCUUCCCAAUACCAUGCAGAAGCUUACAUUGUGUAAUGAUCUAAAUUUGCAAAAAAAUUUGUUUAUGAGUGAAGUUCCUCAAUGGAUUGGAGAAAUGAGAAGCCUAGAGACUCUGGAUUUUGUUUUGAAAUAG